GUGUGUGUGUAUGUGUGUUCGUGUGUGUGUGUGUAUGCAUGUCAGAAAGUGUCAGAAUGAACCACUGACUCAUUUUUUCAUUUUAAUAAGAAGUCUGUUCACCAACAGAAGGAAAUCCCGUCCUUUCAUUGAAGAUCCAACAAUCAGAAAACCCGACAGUGUUUUGGACCAUGGGUGGUAAUUAUGGGCUAGCUGUCUUGGUGGGCGUGGCCAUACUUCUGGAGGCUGUCCAAUGUCAAGUGAGCUGCAAAGGAGCUAAUGGUGAGCGAGGAGUGAACGGCGCUCCGGGCAGAAAUGGGUUGCCUGGAAUGAAGGGAGAGAAGGGAGAGCCAGCUGUGAUGAUUCAAGGCCCAGUGGAUACAGCCAGCCUACUGAGGCAGAAAGGAGAGGUGGGAAAUCGGGGCACGCAAGGACCCCAGGGCCCAAAAGGUUUCCGUGGAGAUUUGGGGAAAGCGGGUGAGGAUGGCCCCCCAGGUCGUCCCGGCCCAGACGGCAGGUUGUCCCAAGGAAGACACACCUCUCAGCAGCAGUCCCGUUCGGCCUUCUCAGUGAUCAGGACCGACAGCGCUUAUCCUACCUUCAACCAGAAAAUAACCUACCAAAAAGCUGUGGUCAACACAAAUGGUGAUCUUGACACACGCACAGGUGUCUUCACCUGCAGAGUACAGGGUACCUAUUACUUCAACUUCCACUCUGUGGCCAAGGUCAGCAUGUGCCUGCAAAUAGUCUAUGAUGGACCAAGAAGAACCCUGGGAUUCUGUGAUUAUAACAGAUCAAACAGGCAAUCUGAGCAGGUGCUGUCAGGUGGUGUGGUUUUACAGCUCACAGUUGGACAGAAGGUCUGGCUUGAGUCCUUUAGGGAAAACCAGGUACCUACUGAUACCAGGGAGAACAGGGAAAAAAAGAUCAUCUUCAACGGCUUCCUGCUCUUCCCAAGUCCAGCAUAAAGUUCAGCUGUACGCUCAGAAAUUUAACUUCACAAUGGAGUCUGUGCUCAAACACCAGACUGCAUCACUUUGUCAGUUUAAUAUCUAAAAAUCUCAUAUUUCAGUUGUUGUUUUAAAAGCAGCAUCACAGCAUUAACAUGCAUUAUCAUCUAGAGAACACAAUUUCAUGUGAACAUGUAAGCAGCUAAUUUUGUGUCUACUCAUGUCAGACUCAUGUAAACUUUGAUUAUUGGCACUGAUAAAAUAAAAUUGAAGGCUAUUAUUCACUGUGAUUGUGUCUGCUGAGAUUAAAUCAAUGAGAAAUGUACUUUCAUACAAUUUGAUAAAUGAAAUUUUAUUCAUCUGUAGCAUCCAGUAAAGUAAAAACUCUGGGAUUCUGUUUUCAUUUGCUAUUGAUUAAUUGCAAAGGCAAAGGCACCUAAAGCACUCAGUCACAACCAGCUAAGGUGGGUUCUUAGGCCAGGCAUUAGUCUUUGGGACAAUGUGCUUAUAUGAACUACAGAUCGUCUUGCAAGUCAGUCGCUGGCUAAGGUGAUCCAUACUUAAAAUGCACUAAAAGUGGAUGCAGCUGCUGUGAUCUUAUGCAAUACAAUAGAAGAAAAAACUAUUUCAAAUGGAAAGGGGUCAAAUGGAUCUAUUUCAAUCUAUUUCAAAUCGAAAGGGGUGUAUCUCAAACACGCUGUGGCGUGUUUCAGAUACAAACCUCCCAGCGAUUUGUAUCUCCUCCUGAUAUUGAACCAGAGAGCUUUCACAUGCUAGGUUAUCUACUAAACAAUGGACAUGAUUCAAUGAAACAGACAAGGCUAGAGUUAAAGAUUGAUGCUUUUAAAAGUUUUUGUUUUUUUCCAAAUACAUGCACUUUGCAUUCCAGUACUCACAGAUACAGAUUGUAAUAUAUCAGUCAGCACCAAGCCCAUUAUUUCUCACUGAAGAAGAUGUCGUCUGCAGGUCAUCUCAAGAACAUUCAGGAAUAGUUUCAAAAAUCCACUGCUGUAAAACAGUUGUAGUUUUAGAUAACAGUGUUUUAUGCUUUGUUGCAGUAAUUGAAGACUCAGUGGAGUAGCUGGAAAAACUGUAAAACUUGUGAAAAUACAGUUAAAAGUCCAAAAUGUAUGGAAUGGAUUUUGUGAAUGGCUGCAAAGUUUUUAAGGAAAAACACAAAAAAUAAAAUCUUUGGGGUAGCCUAUUUUUUAAAUAUAUUGUAACGAUGGUUAAAGGUCAUUUUACAGUGACAGGUUGGCUAUCUCUGCACACUGUUGUUGUUUCUUUAAGGUACAUGUUUGGUUGUGCUGCAGGACAAAGGGAGUUAGUGUGUGCGGGAAGGGGAGGGGGGUCCUUGUUGUUGUUGUGACUGUCCGGGGCUGAAGAGAGUGGGUUGUACUGGAGCACUCUCCCCGGAGUUAACGGCCCAUUUGCCUGUGUUACUGAAUAAACAGACAAACUGAGA